AUGACGAGAGGUGUCCGGUGGCGAUGUAGGGGAGGAGGCCUAAGGAGGAGGAGGGGAAGGAGGAGGAAGAGGAGCCCCAGUAUCGAGGUGGAGGUGAAGCGAAGGAAGAUCAGACCACCUCUGUUCAAAUUCUACCGAGUGAGUCGCCUUCACCCCUGGCUGGGCAGCUCGUCCUUCAAGCCGCCUGAGAACAGAGAGGUGGAGUGCGGCCACAUCAACUGCUGGCCGCUGCUGAGACUGCUGAGGCUCUCGGCGUCGUGGCCAGCCUUCUUCACGCCCGUGGCCCUCCUCGAGCACAAGUACGAGAUCACAAUGGCAGUUCAAGUGUUGUGCCUCGCUUUAGGUGUCCUGUUCAGCAUUCUGGACAUCGCAAAAGUAGAGAUGUCCUAGCAAGACAAUCCCUCUGCGGCUGCCACCAACACCGCCACCACCACCACCAUUGCUACCACCACCGCCACCACCACUACCACUACCGCCACCCAGCUGCUUGCCAUGUAGUCCCAGGUUGACAUUUAAUCGAUUUUCUGUUGGUAAUCGUUUUCUUUUUAGUUUUUUUUUUCUUUUACUUCCUUUUGGGCAAUGCAUGUCAUGAUUACAGAACUGUCUAAAGUUGUGCUGCGUCUGCUAAAG